AUGAAGUACAUCGCCGAACACCCCGGUACCAAGGCUGCCUUGCGGCACUGGGCUACGGCCGCCGGCAAAGAGUUGAACAUGGCCACUCAUUACUUCUGGUAUGCAGGGUCGCAUAUCCAGAGGUCGCAAGAAGGCCUUCUUCGGUCUCUCCUCUGUGACAUCUUCCAACAGGCCCCAGAGCUCAUCCCAAUUGCCUGCCCUGAACGCUGGGACAAGAGUGACAACGUUUCUCUCAAUGAGGACGUUGACACAGGCCCCUGGACUUUGGCAGAUCUGCAGGAAGCGAUAGAUGCGAUUGCAAGUCAACCAGAGCUGCAGGUCAAUUUCUGCUUUUUUAUUGACGGCCUGGAUGAGUUUAGUGGCGAGCAUUUGCGCAUUUGCAAGUCUCUGCUCCAGCUCUCCGCAUCUAGCAACAUCAAAUUGUGUCUUGCUUCCCGCCCCUGGAACAUCUUCGAGGAAAGCUUUGGUCGGUUUUCUGCCCAGAAGAUCUAUAUUCACGAGCUCACCAGAGAAGACAUCCGAAAAUACGUCGAGGAUCUCCUGUGCAACCAUCCUCGUUGGCAGACGUUGCUAGUUGAGUCCAAAAAGACAGCCGCUCUUGUCAACGAGGUCACUAUCAGGGCUCAGGGUGUCUUUCUUUGGGUUUUCUUGGUGACGAGGCUCCUCAGAGAUGGCUUGACAAACUACGAUACCCUCAGCGAUUUGCACAAGAGACUGGAUCUGCUUCCGACAGACCUGGAGCCAUUCUUCCGGCAUAUGAUAGAUUCGGUUGAGCCAUUCUAUCACACCAAGAUGUCCGAGAUGCUCCAAAUGGCCGUCAAAGCCGGGAAACCGCUGCCACUUGCCAUCUACUACUUCCACGAUCAGGAAUACGAGGACGGUGGCUAUGCUCUCAGGGAGCCGACUACGCCUUGGGAGCCCGAAAUGCUGAACAAUAUACGCAACAUAGUCACGCGGCGAAUAAACGCGAGGUGUAUGGGGCUCCUAGAGGUAAACGGAGACAAUGUCGAGUUCCUGCAUCGGACAGUGUACGACUUCCUCCGGUCAAAAGACAUGGAGCAAUUCCUAGAAUCAAACACCCGCGAGUGCUUUGAUCCGCACCUAACUAUUCUUCAAGCACAUGUGGCCUGGACGAAGCAUGCCCCAUUCUACGACUUGUCAAUCACGGCCAAAGCAAUGCUCGAGAUUGGCAAGUCUCGGCUGAAGUCAACGCUCCUGGAGACAUUCUCGUACUCUCUCCAAGUCACAUCCGACAAGUCAAUGGCCGUCAACGCAGAGGUCCUGCUGGAUGAGCUGGAGCAGACAGUCCAGAGAAUCUUUCGGACACCCAGGAGCAAUCGUCCUAACGAUGUCUGCAGAAAGGCGAGUGCAUUGUUCAGAUCUUGUGCUCUGCAGGCCGUGUCGACAGAGUACAUUGUAAUGAAGCUCGAAAAGAGCAAGAGCUAUUUCAAUGACGUUGGCAUUGACCCGCUACCGCCCAUUCUGGGUCAGAAGAUGAGCAAUGGUCAAGCCAGUUUGUGGAAGCCUGAACAGAUUGAGCUUCUCCGAUGUCUUCUUUGCCAUGGCUACGAUCCCAAUUCAAAUACCUCCUCUUCCGAGGACGACACAUCUGCCAGUGUGUUGACUCCUUGGGCAAGUUUCGUCCAUCGCCUUCUUCCUCGAUACGAAUUUGGCAAUGCGUUGCCUAUUGGCGGGAUACAUGGGCGCUCCUGGCCCUCGUCCCAGCCUGCAUUCUUGUUCCAGCCGCCUAGCAAGCAUGUAUCUGAGGCUCUCCGAAGUGGACUUUUUCGCAUGCUCCUCGAAUUCGGUGCUGACCCGAAUGCCAGAGUUGGAGGGGGAGAUUCGUUUCGACAACACCCAAAGGAAUAUCUCUCUGUACUGGACGUGCUUCUCUCAAAGGCAGACUUUACCCGUCAGGAGGAUGGAUUGACUGAAGCUGUCAAACGAAUGCUCGAAGACGGCAAGCCAUCUGCCAUGUUUCCUACCAGGGCUUUCAAGCUCCUUCAAGGACAACAGGCACGGAAGCGCACGAUGGAAUUCAUCUGUCUGCAACUUGAUGAAUUAAUAGCCAAGCGGUCGACCGACCGAUCUCCGAGAUUUAGUCUCGGGGCAGAGGUCACCCAGAUCUUCAUGAGGCAUGCGGCCCACCCAUCACUACCGAUGAAGCCCCUGGAGUCGAGGCUCUACCGAGCCUUUCCCAGCCUUGCACCUACCCCGAGUCCUUUACCGAAUCCCUUCCUUGCCGAUGAUGAUGUGUCGUGGGGUGUGGCUAGAAAGAGACCAAGGAGCGAUUGUGAGGCUCCGUGCCGCGUACCUCAAUACGACGGCCGGGAACCAUCAAAGAUGCGACGGCGGAGAUACCAUUGGCGUUGA